UACAAUCACCUCCCGGCCACCCAAUUACCCACGCGACCACCUCCUCCAUUGCGCCACUCUCACCCUCUUUCUCCCCCCACAAGCAGUCUAACCAAACCUGACCUACCUACGCAACAACUCCCUCGACGCGACAAUCUCCCUUUAGCGACAAUGGCCUCCAAAGAGUUUGAUAGCUCUAAGCAGUAUGACAAGUCAUAUGUCAACGAAAAUAACAGCGGCGAUAUCGCCCAUGGUGAGAUGAACGACAAUGCCGAUGAUCUGCAACGCCAUCUGGGCAAUCGUCAAAUCCAACUCAUCGCCAUCGGUGGCUCCAUUGGAACUGCUCUGUUCGUCUCCAUUGGAGGUGCUCUGGCCAAGGGCGGCCCUCUCGGUACUCUUUUGGCCUACACUUUCCACUCAUGCAUCAUGGCUCUGGUCAACAACUCCAUGGCCGAAAUGAUGACCUACAUGCCUGUCAGCGGUGGCUUCAUUCGUCUAGCUGGCCGCUGGGUUGACGACGCUCUUGGUUUUGCCGCUGGAUGGAACUUCUUCUUCUACGAAGCUCUACUGAUUCCCUUUGAAAUCACUGCCCUCAACCUCGUUCUCAGCUACUGGAGAGAUGACAUUCCCGUUUGGGCUGUCGCCAUUGCCGUCAUCGCUCUUUACGCUGCAUGCAACAUCCUCGCUGUUCAGGCGUAUGGUGAGGCUGAGUUUUGGCUGUCUGGUGGAAAGGUCAUUCUGAUUCUCAUGCUCUACUGCUUCACCUUCAUCACCAUGGUCGGAGGCAAUCCCAAGAAGGAUGCUUACGGUUUCCGUUACUGGCGCGAUCCUGGCCCAAUGAACCAAUACUUGACCACGGGCGACCUGGGGCGCUUCGAAGGUUUCCUUGGCGCUUGGUGGGCUGCAUCUUUCUGUAUUGUCGGUCCAGAGUACAUCUCCAUGGUCAGUGGUGAGGCUAAACGCCCUCGUGUAUACAUCAAGGCCGCUUUCAAGACUGUGUACUUCCGAUACGGAAUGUUCUUCAUCCUGGGAGCCCUUUGCGUCGGUAUCGUCGUCCCUUUCAACGAUCCUGUCCUAGUCGAUAUCUACAUCAAAGGUACCGGUGAGGGAGGUGGCACGGCUGCUGCUUCUCCGUACGUCAUUGCCAUGAAGAACCUGGGUAUUUCGGUCCUUCCCGACCUCACCAACGCUCUUCUCGUCACCAGUAUCUUCUCUGCCGGUAACACGUACACCUACUGCGCAACCCGAAGUUUGUACUCGCUAGCUAUUGAAGGCAAAGCCCCCAAGGUCCUGCGCAAGUGCACCAGAAAUGGCGUUCCCAUCUACUGCUUCGCCAUCGUCAUGAUGUUCCCAUUCCUCUCCUUUUUGUCCGUUUCUUCCAGCGCCGCCAAGGCUCUCACUUGGUUGGUGAGUCUCACUACUGCCGGUGGUCUGUUGAACUUCAUUGGUACCAUGAUCACCUACAUCGCUUUCCACAAGGCUUGCAAAGCCCAAGGCUUGGACCGCAAAACUCUGCCGUACACCGGUUACUUCCAGCCUUACCAGACCUAUGUGGCUCUCGCUUUUCUCAUUGCCAUCAUCUUCUCGUACGGCUACACCGUCUUUCUGCCCGGAUUCUGGAAGAUUGAUGACUUCAUGGCUUCCUACGCCAUGCUCUUCGUCUACCCCAUCCUCUACGUCUUCUGGAAGUUGGUCAAGAAGACCAAGAUUGUCGCCUCCAGAGACGUUGAUCUGGUUUGGGAUGCGCCGCUUCUUGACGCCUAUGAGGCUUCGUUCAUCACGCCUCCUGUUGGAUUCUGGACGGAGCUUUUGCAGCUGAUCGGCUUGAAGCGCAACGUGCCAGUGGACAAGAGGGCUGUCUAA